AUGCUAUCCGCCUCCGCACGCGUGUUCCUCAUCCGUCACGGAGAGACUGACUGGACCGUCGGCGGGAAACACACCAGCACCACUGAUGUCCCGCUGUCUAAGGCUGGAGAGCACGAUGCUGAGACUCUGAAGGAGUUGGUUGUUGGUGAGGGGAAGUUGAUUGAUCCGAAGACCGUGGCGAAGAUCUACUGCUCUCCUCGCUCCUCAGCCCGGCGCACAGUCGAGAUCCUAGGCCUGGGCGUCCACAACCACCAGGACUUUUUCAACCGCGAGACCAAGUCAACAAGCACCGUUACGUCCCAGUCAAAGACCGAGAGCGUGGACCCGAACAUUCAGCUUACAGCGUGGCUCAAAGAAUGGAAUUAUGGCGAGUACGAGGGCAAGACGCUGACGGAGAUUAAUGGUCUGCGCAAGAAGCAGGGCAUGUCCGAGGAGAGUGCCCCGUGGAAUAUUUGGACUGAUGGGUGCCCCAGAGGAGAGUCCCCCCAAAGCAUCGCCGAACGCCUCGACGAGCUCAUCGUAGAAAUCCGAUCCGUGAUCGCUGGCGAAUCAUCCAGCUGGCCGAGCGGCAAGGUCGCCGGUUCGCGGAGCCGCCUGAAGCAGGAUAUCGUCUGCGUGGCGCAUGGGCAUGUGCUCUCGGCAUUGGCGCUGAGGUGGGUUGGGGCGCCGUUGAGCCAGGGGGUGAUGAGGUUGAUUUUUGAGUCGGGGGGUGUUGCUGUCCUAGGAUUCGAGGAGGAUAAUUUGAACAAACCGGCCAUUGUGCUUGGGAGGAGGCCGGGACGAUCGGAUCGGACGCUGUAG